UUACCAUCGCCAUAACCUUAGUUACGUAUUCGCCAUUAGAUAAUGCCGUGAUCCUCCAUCGUCUCAGAUUACAGAUGCCAUUGUUUUUAGUCAAAAUAUUGUAGGUUGGUCUACAAGUUGUCUACACUGAACAAAGUCCAUCGGAUGCGGAAGGGGUUUGUCCUCGUUAAAAGUUAACCCAAGACAAGGACGCUGUGCGGGAUUUGGAAUGGCAAUGUGAAUUGUUUUUUAAAGCUCGAUUUCAACUCUCAUAUUAAGUGUACUGCAUUGGCCUACUGCACCGGGCACAGCGAUGGGUAACACCAACAGCGAGAGAGGUCACGGCGGGGGGCAUGGUGAGAGACACCGUCGGGACAGCGAGAAGGCGAAGGAGGAACAUCAUUCCAAUAUCUUGAUGGACAGCAGCGAGGAUGCAGAUUUGUUUCAUGCGGAUGAUCCUAAAGGUCCUGAGGCUCAGGAGUUUCUCGCCUGGCAACAAGAUCUGGAGUCAGACAUCAAAUGCCCUUCACAAAAUCGGCCAACAAUGUUCCGAUGGACUGGCGGAGGACGGGAGGUCUACCUGUCUGGUUCAUUUAACAACUGGACCACCAAGAUCCCUCUCUCCCGCAGUCAGAACAACUUUGUAGCAGUUCUUGACCUACCAGAGGGGGAGCACCAGUACAAAUAUUAUGUGGAUGGGCAGUGGACGUUGGACCCAACAGAGCCUAUGGCAUGUGGCAAAACUGGCACUGUGAAUAAUGUGAUCAGGGUGAAGAAGACUGACUUUGAAGUGUUUGAUGCCCUGAAAAUCGACUCAGAAAAGACUGCUGACAUAUCAGACCUGUCCAGCUCCCCACCAGGGCCCUACCACCAGGAGCCUUACUCUGUGCGGCCCGACGCCAAGCUGAAGUCCCCUCCCAUCCUGCCUCCACACCUGCUGCAGGUUCUCCUCAAUAAGCACACCGGUGUCUCUUGUGAUCCAGCGCUGCUCCCUGAACCCAACCAUGUGAUGCUAAAUCACCUGUAUGCACUCUCCAUUAAGGAUGGUGUGAUGGUUCUUAGCGGAACUCACCGAUAUAAAAAGAAGUAUGUCACUACUUUACUCUACAAACCCAUAUAGCAAAACACACAAGUGUGUAUGUAUGUGUGUGUUUGGGUGUGUGGGUGUUAUCUGACGCACAAGUGUGUAUGUAUAUGUGUGUUUGGGUGUGUGUGCGUGUUAUCUGACACACCUUUUUUGUCAGAAUCAGCUAUGGGUUUCUCAGAAUAACCCUGCACUAUGUGGAACACACCGCCCUUCGUUAUUGCAAAACCUCUGUGUGGACAAUAUUCACAGGUGUGGGAGAAACUGGGGAUAAAAGUUAUUUUGAUAUAUAUAUUGAAAGCAUUAUAUAUAUUUCAUAUAAAAGAAAGUGACAAUCAGUUCGAGACAGAGACUUAUUACAAACCUGUAGUUUGGGAUCUAUCAGGAAUGUAUCAGGUUAUCCAUGUGGUUUGUAAAUGUAUGUUAACAUGUAGAACAGUGCAGCAGGUACUUGCUGCCUUUGUUUCAUAAAUUGUUGGCUCUUAAUCAUAAUGUUCUUUUAUAAUUUAAUUCAAAAUAAAUCAUACUCUGACUGCUAAUCAAA